AUGGUGGUUUUUUCUGAUGAUGAGCCGAUUGAUUUUGUUGUUAAGCGUAAUACACAUAGGGUCACAAUGUUCAAUGCUUGGUUAGAGGCUAACAAGAAAUAUUCAGAAGCAAGAAAUUUGACUUAUGCUGAUUUUCCUACAAGAUUUGUCUUCAAAAAGGAUAUUCAUCAGUGGUCUUCUAGAAAAUAUGGUUUCUCAAUUGGCAAAUUGUACUAUACUCCACCUGAAAGUGGAGAAAUUUAUUAUCUACGUACUUUGUUGAACAUAGUCAAAGGACCAACAUGUUAUGAAGAUAUCAAGAUAGUUGAUGGAGUUCAUUAUUGUUCAUUUAAAGAUGCAUGCUAUGCAAUGGGCUUACUAGAUGAUGAGAAAGAAUACAUUGAUGGAAUAGUAGAACUAACUAUUACAUAUAUUACAACUUUACAACUUACAGAUGAGGAGCUAAAGAAUUAUGCUCUUAUUGAAAUUGAGAAUUUGUUGCAACAUAAUGGGAGAAGUCUUAUUGACUUUGAAUCAAUGCCUUAUCAAGACAUGAAUAGAGCACAAAAGGGCAGUAACAAGUUGAUGCAUGAUGAGCUAAGCUACAACAGAAGUGUUUUAGUUGAAGAGCUUCAGCACCUUCUAAAUUCACUCAUUGAUGAGCAAAGGUAUAUCUAUGAUAAGGUAAUAAGUGCCGUGAAUUCCAAUGAUGGUGGUAUCUUCUUUGUUUAUGGUUAUGGGGGUACAGGUAAGACAUUUGUCUGGAAGACUCUCUCAGCUUCAUUGCGAUCACAGGGAAAUAUUAUGUUAAAUGUUGCUUUCAAUGGGAUAGCAUCCCUAUUGCUCUCUGGUGGUAGGACAGCACACUCAAGGUUUGGUAUACCAUUGCAAAUAAAUGAAGAUUCGGUUUGCAACAUAAGGCAAGGUAGUGAUUUAGCUGAGCUCUUGGUGCAUACUCAGCUUAUUAUAUGGGAUGAGGCACCGAUGACAAACAAGUUCUGUUUUGAAGCACUUGAUAGGAGCUUAAGAGAUAUCAUGAGGUUCUUAAAUCCAGAAUGUGCAAAUCAGCCAUUCAGAGGCAAGAUAAUAGUAUUUGAUAGAGCCUGUAGGCAGAUUUUACCAGUAAUACCAAAAGGAACAAGGCUCCAUUCGGGACAGUCAAGCAUUGUUAACCAAGAGAUUAAAGAAUUUUCAAACCGGAUAAUCUCAAUAGGUGAAGGAGCAACAGAUGAAAGCAACGAAGGUGAAGCUAUGGUUGAUAUUCCUGAUGAUGUUCUCAUAAAUAUCUCAGACAAUCCUAUAAAGUCAAUUGUUGAGAACACGUAUCCUAAUAUUUUGGAAAAUAUAAAUGAUCUCAAUUAUUUUCAAGGAAGAGCUAUUCUUGCUCCCACCCUGUUGAAUGGUGACAUUGUUAACGAGUAUAUGCUUUCAAUGAUCCCAAGAGAAGAGAGAAUAUAUUUGAGUUCAGAUAGUGUUUGUUGGGCAGAUGCGAACAUUGACAGCAUGGAUAAUUUGUAUACAGCAGAAUACUUGAACAGCAUAAGAAUGUUAGGCCUACCAAAACAUAUGUUAAAGUUGAAAGUCAGUGCUCCUAUGAUGUUGCUUAGAAAUAUUGAUAAAUCUUUGGAGUUGUGCAAUGGUACAAGAUUAAUUAUCAGUCAACUAGAAAAGCACGUGCUUGAAGCAAAAGUUAUCUCAGAAAGUAACAUUGGUUAG